AAUAUUUUAUGUUUUGUGUUGUUCAUGAGCUUAACUUCAAAUUGGUAAUUGGUUUUACACGAUUGGUCAACUAUUACAGCACAAAAAAAAUACUCAAAAUCUGCUAAAUAAAAACAUAGAUUUUCACUUUACAACUGAACGGAACCGAUUUAUGGCUCUUAAUUUUAUAUACAUAUAAGUAUAAACACCCUUUUCAAAAUGGUAAUUGGAAUUUACAUAAUUACCAAUAGUUUUUAUUUUAUACGAGAUAUACUGUUUUGGCGCUUACGACUUUUAAUUUCAAGCUAGCUAUCGCGUUUGUUUGUAUGCAGGCGGCCCCCCUCAGUCCGUUUCUGACCAUUGUCAGCGUCGGACUUGUGCCAAUCGAGCUCCCGAGCAUCGAUAACCGUAUCUUAUUCUGAAUAAAAUAUUACAAAUUAUUAAAAAUGGGAAAAAAAAAGUUAAAAGUUUCUAAAAUGAAGAUGAAAGCUCUGUACAUUGAAAAAUGUAAGGAUAUGGUCAAGAAAAGGAAACAAUUGUCCGAACAAAGAAAAACUAUGGAGUCGUCUCUGGAUUUAGGCGAAACUGAAACGAAUACAAUCGAUUCUUUAGAAGGAAGACAAGAAAUGUCAUCGUCGUAUGCAGAUUUACAAAAUGUGACGCUCACGGCGGCCGAAAAGGAUCAGAACUCACUUCCAUGUUAUUUUGAAGAAAAAACGCCUAAAACAACAAUUGAGAUGGAAUUAGAUGAUAAUGAUGCGCCUCCAAAUAUAUCGCAAUGCGAAUCAGAAGCAAUGACAGAAGAAAAUCAAUAUAAGGAAAAGGACCAGGCUUCAAACGUAUAA